CUACAAAGAUGUCCUCCUUGCUAGCUGGUAGCUCGGAGCUGGUCGGAGAUAUUACCCUGCUUUAAACGUUUCAUUAUUAUUUACUAUUUUUCUGUGGGCUUCCGUGCGGCUUCGGAAAAUGCAACUGAAGCAUCUUAAGACACUCUUGACACCCCAGGAGGGUGCURCCAAAGUAACGUGCAUGGCCUGGUCCCCGAACAACACAAAGUUUGCUGUUUGCACUGUGGACAGAGUGGUUCUGCUCUACGAUGAGCAGGGAGAAAGAAGGGACAAGUUCUCCACCAAACCUCUGGACCCUAAGUAUGGAAAACAGAGCUACGUGGUAAACGACAUGGUCUUCUCACCAGACUCCACCAAGAUCGCCAUCGGCCAGUCGGACAACAUCAUCUAUAUCUACAGAAUCGGGGAGGAUUGGGGUGACAAAAAGGCCAUUUGCAACAAAUUUGUUCAGACGAGUGCAGUGACUCGCCUCUUGUGGCUCGCAGAAAACGCUGUCGUUUACGGCUUGGUUGAUGGAAAGGUUCGCCUCGCCAACACCCAGACAAAUAAAUCCUCCACCAUCUAUGCCACGGAGUCCUGCGUUGUCUCGUUGACGUGCAAUGUUUCUGGGAAAGGCAUCCUGUCCGGCCACGCUGAUGGGACCGUUGUGCGUUUCUUCUUUGACGAUGAAGGCUCGGGGGAAUCUCAGGGGAAGCUGUUGACACACCCGUGCCCUCCUUACGCCCUGGCCUGGGGAGCUAACAGCAUCGUGGCGGGCGGCUGCGACAAGAAGGUGGUGGCGUACGGCAGGGAGGGCCACAUCCUGCAGAGCUUCGACUACAGCCGCGACCGGUCGGAGAGGGAGUUCACGGUGGCGGUCACCAGCCCCAGCGGGCAGUCUGUGGUGUUCGGCAGCUUCGACCGGUUACGAGUGUUUAACUGGGCCCCUAGGAGAGGCAUGUGGGAUGAAGCCAAACCCAAAGAGAUCUCCAACCUCUACACCAUCACCAGCUUGGCCUGGAAGAGAGACGGAUCACGCCUUUGUGCCGGAACGCUGUGUGGCGGCGUGGAGCUGUUUGACUGCUGCUUGAGGAGAACCAUCUAUAAGAACAAGUUUGAGAUGACCUACGUCGGCCUGAGUCAGGUGAUCGUGAGGAACCUCUCCACGGGAACACGGGUGGUCCUGAAGUCCUACUACGGUUAUGAGAUCGAGGAGGUUAAGAUCAUGGGAAAGGAUCGUUACCUGGUGGCUCACACCUCAGACACUCUGCUGCUCGGAGACCUGCUCAACAAUAAAUUAAGCGAGGUACCUUGGCCCGGUUCUGGAGGGAACGAGAAGUUCUUCUUUGAAAACGAAAAUGUGUGCAUGAUUUUUAAUGCCGGGGAGCUGAGUUUGGUGGAGUACAGCAACAAUGAGAUUCUGGGCUCCGUCCGGACAGAGUUUAUGAACCCUCACCUCAUCAGUGUGCGACUAAAUGAGAGGAAGCAGAGAGGAGUUGAAGACAACAAGAAGCUCGCCUAUCUGAUCGAUAUAAAGACUAUCGCCAUCGUGGACUUGGCUGCAGGCUACAAUCUGGGAACCAUCAGCCACGACUCCAAGAUUGACUGGCUGGAGCUGAACGAGACCGGACGCAAACUGCUGUUCCGGGACAAGAAGCUUCGGCUCCAUCUGUACGACGUCGAGUCCAGGCUGAAGACCACCCUGCUGAGUUUCUGCUCUUACGUCCAGUGGGUGCCGGGCAGUGACGUGGUGGUGGCCCAGAACAGGGGCAACCUCUGCAUCUGGUACAGCAUCGACAGCCCAGAGAGCGUCACCAUGUUCCCAGUCAAGGGGGAUGUUGUAAAUCUGGAAAGAGCUGACGGGAAGACGGAUGUGAUCGUGACAGAAGGCGUCAACACCGUGACGUACACCUUGGAUGAAGGCCUCAUCGAGUUCGGCACCGCCAUCGAUGAUGGAGAUUACGACAGAGCCGUGGCCUUUCUCGAGACUCUGGAAAUGUCUCCCGAGACGGAGGCCAUGUGGAAGACGCUCAGCAAGCUGGCUCUAGAGGCUCAGCAGCUGCACAUCGCAGAAAGGUGUUUCGCUGCUCUGGGUGACGUCUCGACCGUUCGCUUCCUCCAUCAAACCAACMAACUCGUGGACAAAGUUUCACAGGAAAUGGGUCACCCGGAGCUGAACAGCCUGCGUGGAAACUAUUACCAGUGGCUGAUGGAGACGGGUCAGGACGAGAAGGCCGGCGAGGUGAAGGAGAACCAGGGGGAUUUCCAGGGGGCCGUAAACCUCUACCUGAAGGCCGGCCUCCCGGCCAAAGCUGCCCGCUUGGCCCUCAGCCGUCCAGAACUCAGCAGCAGCACCGAGACCGUCGGGCGCAUCGCAGCCAGCCUCAUCAAGGGAGAGUUCUAUGAAAGAGCGGGAGAUCUGUACGAGAAGAUCGGGAACAAACAGAGAGCUUUGGAAUGCUACUGCAAGGGAGGGAACUUCGGGAAAGCGGUGGCGCUGGCUCGCGACUCCUUCCCCGCCGAGGUGGUGAAACUGGAGGAGGCCUGGGGAGACUACCUGGUCCAGCAGAAACAGAUGGACGCUGCCAUCAACCACUUCAUUGAAGCAGGGUGGCAGAGCAGCUGUUUGUUAAAGGAGGUCACAUUAAACACGCCAUCGACAUGUACACCUCAGAAGGACGCUGGGAGGAUGCUCACAAGCUGGCAGUCACGUGUAUGACGAAGGAGGAAGUCACAUCUCUGUACGCCAGCAGAGCUCAGGAGAUGGAGAGAGAAGGCAAAUUAAAGGAGGCGGAGAGGCUAUUUUCUAUUGUGAAGCAGCCGGACCUCGCCAUCACCAUGUACAAGAAGCACCGGAUGUUUGAUGAUGUCAUUCGUCUGGUGGCCAAACAUCAUCCUGACCUGCUGACUGAGACUCACCUCCACCUGGCCAAGGAGCUGGAGGCUGAGGCCAGGUUCUCGGAGGCAGAGCAUCACUUCCUGCAGGCUGGAGAGUGGAAAGCAGCCGUGCACAUGUACAGAGCCCAUGACAUGUGGGAGGAAGCGCACACGGUGGCACAUAGCCACGGAGGUGCUGGAGCKCAGAAGCAGGUAGCCUACCUGUGGGCCCGGAGUCUGGGAGGAGAGGCUGCUGUCAAGCUGCUCAGCAAGUUCCACCUGCUGGACUACGCCAUCGAGACGGCCGCAAAUAACCUCUCAUUUGACUUUGCCUUUGACUUGGCUCGCCUCUCCACAAAGAAAAAGGUUCCUGAGAUCCACCUGAAGUAUGCCCUGUACCUGGAGGAUGAGGGAAGGUUUCCUGAGGCUGAAGUCGAGUUCAUUAAAGCUGGAAAACCCAAAGAAGCUGUGUCCAUGUACGUCCACCACAAGGACUGGGCGAGCGCGCAGAGGGUGGCCGAGAACCACGAUCCGGAGAGCGUUUCUGAGGUUCUGGUUGGUCAAGCCGAGUCCUGCUUCGAACAGAAGGAGUUCCAGAAAUCUGAAGCCUUCCUUCUGCGAGCGCAGAGACCUGAACUGGCUGUUAAACUUUACAAGAAUGCAGACAUGUGGAGUGACGCCAUGAGAAUCUGUAAGGAGUAUCUUCCCAGCAAACUGUCGUUGCUGCAAGAGGAGUACGAGAGGGAGACGUCCAAAAAGGGAGUUAGCUGGUGGGGGUGGACGUCAUGGCAGCUCUGGACCUUUAUGCUGAGAAAGGCCAGUGGGACAAAUGUCUGGAGACGGCGUCCAAACAGAACUUUAAGAUCCUCCAUAAAUACGUGGCUCUUUACGCCACUCAUCUCAUCAAAGAAGGAGCUGCUCUGAAGGCUCUGCAGCUCUACAUCCAGCACGGAGCUCCCCCCAACCCUCAGAACUUUAACAUCUACAAGCGCCUGUUCCUGGAUCUGAUCAACCUCCCCAACACCGCCGGGCCAGAGUCGUACCGCAUGUGGGCCGACCUGCGAAACUUCCUGCUGCAGUUGUGUGAGAACUUGUCCAGGUCAGCCGAGGCCAACUCUCCGGCCCGUGAAGACUUCGAACAGAUGCUGCUGAUCGCUCACUACUUCGCCACGAGAUCUGCUGCAAAAGGCGCCGAACAGCUGGCGAGCGUCGCAGCCAAGCUGUCGGUGUCUCUGCUGCGUCACACCGAGCUCAUUCCUGCAGACAAGGCUUUCUACGAAGCUGGUCUGGCUUGCAGGGCUGUUGGCUGGGAAAACAUGGCCUUCAUCUUUCUGAACCACUUCCUGGACCUGUGUGAGGCCAUUGAAGAGGGCACCCUGGACGCUCUGGACCACUCUGACUUCCUGGACACAGACAUUCCCUUCGAGGUUCCGGUUCCGAACAAACUCUGCGUCAGCGCUAUCCGGUGCUCAGGAAUAAAAUAGAGUUUUCUUCAGAGGGAAAAGCAGCCAACAAGGAAGACUGGAACAAAUUCCUCAUGGCUACGAAGACCACUCACAGUCCGGAGUGUCAGGACGUCCUGCAGUUCAUCAGUCAGUGGUGCGGGGGUCUCCCAGCCUCUGGUUUCUCCUUCCACUGACGGGAACGUCUUCGAGCUUCGGUUCUGUAACGUUUUUAUUCAACGACACGCUUCCGUCUUCAUCAGCUGACAUGUUUUACAACAUCUGUAAGAGUUUAGUUUCUCUCACAGCACUUUGAUUAUUACAACGCUUUUAAUCAAAAUCAGUGAUUUUAGCGAAAGAAAGCCCAAAAUGUUAUGAGUUAAGUUAAAAAUCUAUGAAAGCUGUGAGCAAAUUUUGGGGAGGUUCUAUAAAAAUCACAGGUUAAUGUUGGGUUUGGAGCUUUUCUCACAGGAAACAGAGGAAUUAAAAAAAAKCUGUUUCCUUUCUCCAUCACCGUUCAUCGCUGAUGGUUUCUGAACUUUUUAACCUUGUAAAACUUUGCUGACCUUCCUGUUCUUAGACUGAACCUUCACUGAUAUUCCUGUGAAUGUUUCUAAAGRCAGUAAUGCCUUCACUCUGUCUAAAAUGUAUUUUAUUUAUUAAAGCUCCAAUAAAAAAAUAGUUUUCAAACAUU